AUGAGGACGGUGGCAUUAAUAAGCGGCGGGAAGGACAGCUGCUACAACAUGCUGCAGUGCGUCGGUGCCGGGCACACAAUUGUAGCACUGGCCAACCUCCAACCGCAAAACAAAGAUGAGUUGGACAGUUAUAUGUACCAAACAGUUGGUCAUCAGGGAAUUGACUUAUAUGCUGAAGCAAUGGAGUUACCAUUGUACAGAGAGGUAAUUUCUGGUGUGGCUGUUGACCAGGGAAGGAAUUAUAAACCCACAGAAAAUGAUGAAGUUGAGGACCUCUAUAGGCUCCUUGCAAAAGUAAAGGAUGAUUUAGAUAUAGAAGCAGUGGCUUGUGGGGCUAUAUUAUCUGAUUACCAAAGAAUAAGGGUAGAAAAUGUAUGUCAAAGGCUUGGUUUAGUGUGUCUUGCAUAUUUAUGGAGGAGGAACCAGAAGGAACUUCUACAGGAAAUGAUAGCUAGUGGUGUAGAAGCUAUUAUAAUUAAGGUGGCAGCACUUGGCUUGGAUCCCAAGGUACAUCUUGGUAUGAGCAUACGCGAUAUCCAACCUCACCUACUAGUCAUGCAGGAAAAGUAUGGUCUUAAUGUCUGCGGUGAGGGUGGGGAAUACGAGACUUUCACAUUAGACUGUCCACUGUUUAGGAAACGACUGGUGAUAGACGAGAAGGAACUAGUGAUACACUCGGAGGACCCUGUUGCGUCCGUCGGCUAUUUGAAUCUGAAACUGCAUUUGGAGGCGAAGGAGGACUUCAGCGAGCCACAACUGCCGCCAACCGUGAAGAGCUCACUUGACUUUGUCAACGAUUUGAAUGACACGGUGUUUAGCGACUUGAGCGACAUAGAGCUCAGCGAGUCCGAGCUGGAGUCGAUCGAGAAAUUGGAGAAGGAGAAGAAGGAAGACGAUAUCAACCCACUGCUCACUUACUCACGGGAGGGUAUCGACAUAUCAGCCAACCUCGAGGCGGCCGACGACCUGCACAACGACACCACAGACAAUGUAGAGCUGGGCUACAACUACGACCACAUGUGCAGCGAGAGCGCGAAACAUCCGGUCAUAGACCAUAGAUGCAUAUUUGGGAACAGCCACGGGUGGUAUUUCAUUGGCGGCAUUGUUGGGGAGGGAAAUGAUACGGCGCUAGCGACGAAGGACGCUAUGAAGAAACUCAUUAGUCUACUGGAUUCCGAAGAUCUGCAGCUGUCGAACGUGAGCUCCGUCAACAUCUACAUGCGCGACAUGGGCGACUACGCCGCGCUCAACGCUGUGUACGUGGACACCUUCCGAUUCCCUAAUCCGCCCACGCGCGUCUGCAUACAGUGCCCGCUGCCCAGCGACGUAGGCCUCAUCAUGGACGCCGUCGCCCAUAAACAAGAGGUCAACCACAACAGCGAGGCGGAGGGCUGCAAUUGUAAGGAGCGGGUAACGAUGCACGUGCAGGGCAUAUCGCACUGGGCACCGGCCAAUAUUGGACCUUACAGUCAAGCUGUUAAGGUCGGCGAGGUGGUGAGCACCAGCGGGCAGAUCGCGCUGGUGCCCGGCUCGAUGCGGCUGGCGGGGAGCGGCGCGAGGGGGCAGUGCGCGCUCGCACUGAGGCACAUUACGCGCGUACUGCGCGCCGCACACCCCCGCGCGCACAUUCGCAGCGUAGUUCAGAGUGUGUGCUACGUGACGCAAAUAUCGGCGGCGCGUGAAGCCCGGCGGCAGCUCGAGCGGCGGACGGCGGGCGCCAUUGUGCAGUGCGCCGUAGUGCAGGCGCUGCCCAGAGGCGCCGCAGUGGAAUGGCACGCGUGGGCGCACACCGACAACAACCGCUUCGACUACGAGGAGACCGGUUGCAACGUUGGCGAAUACAAGGUGGCCAUUACGAGGAGGUGGAACUACGAGAACACUGUCGCAGCGUGCGUUUGUUACGUGGCUACUGGUUCAUCUCCCUCAACCUGCCAACUUACGUUCCCGAAUGAAGAGGCGUGCAACUCCCACAGAGCGCUCGCUUCGCAGAUGACCACUUCGGAAAUAGAAGAAGUCAUUAAGUACGCCCUAAGGAAGUUAAUAAACGAUUGUCGAGAGCCGCAGCCAGCAGUUAAGUUGAGGAUAUUCUACCAGGUGUGGAGCGCGCCCGCCAUGGAGAAGGUGGUCGCGGCGAGUCGCGAGGCGGCGAGGCCGGCCUGCGCCUCGACGAGUGACCGCCCAGGUACACUCGCCAACGAGUUGCGCGGCGCCUUUUGUCUCGACCCCAGCGGCCUGCAUUUAGCGGCCGCCAACAGAUUUCCCCUACGAGAUGUAACAACGCUUUACGCCAGUUUA